AUGGUAACUGCUGUUGUAUGGGCCGAAAGCAAGAAAUUUUAUAGUGCAUCCAAAUCAGGAAAUGAGACGGCACCAGAAUGGAGUGUACGACUUAAAGGUUUAGCUCGCUAUUGCAAUUUUGGUCAGCAGCUUGAGUCUAAGCUAACGGACAUUUUCGUUACGCAGUUCAAUCCUGGGAAGGUGAGAACUGAAUUAUUCAGCCUAAACGAGAGCACCACCUUAAAUAACGUUGUUGAAGUGGCCAAAAUUAUCGAAGCAACGCUCCUAAUAAGAGACCCAGUUGGUGAAGUUAAAAGCGAGGUCUUAGAAUCCGAUGUUUUUCGAAUUACACAAAAUAAUUCAAAUAUUGGUGCCACUGCCGGUCAACAUCAAGAUCCUCAACGGUAUCAUAGAGGGACAGCAGUACCUGCAGCGCAGCGGAACCAAGGAGGCACGCGCAGGCUGUUUCCGCUGCGUGAGGAACCACAACAGUAA